ACCCGAGCAGAUGCAGUUGCCUUUCUCCGUCUCUUCUCCUCCGAGGAGCAGAGCCUGGUGCCGGCGCUGAGCGAUGGAGCCUCUGCUCAGCUUGGUCUGUGCUGCCUGGUUUUGAGCCAAAGGCCCUGCUCAGACCCUCGCCCACAGCCCAUUUCCCUGGUGUAAAUCCCCAUCAAUGAGGUUCUUUCGUCUCACCUUCAAGUGCUUUGUGGAUUGCUUCUGAGCCUGCACCCCGACCCCCUCCCAGACCCGGAGCCAGCUUCCCGACCCGACACCCGUCUCAGCCUUCUGCCCGGCCGCCCACCCAGUGCCAUGGCGCCAGUCCCCACGGAAACAUGUUCAGAGGGCAGUGGGUGCUCAGAGGUGGCCGAGGCAGAGAGCGCCGAGCCCAUCGGCGGCACAGGAGAGCCCGCCCUCGAGGAAAGGACCAUCACUGCCCCUCUGGUGGUACCCAUGGGCACCACCACCAAGCUGCCCUUUCCUGAGCGGGAGACCUGGACCCGGCAGAUGGACUUCAUCAUGUCAUGCGUUGGCUUUGCGGUAGGACUGGGCAACGUCUGGCGCUUUCCAUACCUCUGCUACAAGAACGGAGGAGGUGUCUUCCUGAUUCCUUACCUGCUUAUCGUUUUUGUUGGGGGGAUCCCCGUCUUCUUCCUGGAGGUGGCCUUGGGGCAGUUCAUGAAGCAAGGUGGGAUUGCUGCCUGGAACAUCGCUCCCCUCUUCAAAGGUCUGGGCCUGGCCUCCAUGGUCAUUGUCUUCUUCUGCAACACCUACUACAUCAUGAUCCUGGUCUGGGGCCUUUUCUACCUGGUCCACUCGCUGACAGAGACCUUGCCCUGGGCCACCUGCGGCCACUCCUGGAACACCGCACAGUGCACAGAGCUCUUUGCCCGGGGCGACUGUGGGAACAGCACCGGGAACAGCACCGGGGGGAAUUGCAGCAGCCUGGCGGACAACAAGCGCUCGCCCAUCAUUGAGUUCUGGGAGAAGAAGGUGUUGCGAAUUUCAGGAGAUCUGGCUGAGCCGGGAGAGCUCAGUUGGCAGCUUCUCCUUUGCCUUCUCACAACUUGGGUCAUUGUCUAUUUCUGCAUCUGGAAGGGGGUCAAGUCAACUGGGAAGGUGGUAUAUUUCACUGCGCUGUUCCCCUACGUGGUUUUGAUCUUGCUGCUCUUGCACGGGGUGACAUUGCCAGGUGCACUCGAUGGCAUCGUCUACUACUUGAAGCCGGACUGGUCCAAGCUGGCCGUGGCUCAGGUAUGGAUUGAUGCUGGCACCCAGAUCUUCUUCUCAUAUGCUAUCGGGCUGGGAGCCCUGACCGCACUUGGCAGCUACAACCGAUUCCACAACAACUGCUACAGGGAUGCCUACCUCUUGGCUGUGAUCAACAGUUCAACCAGCUUCUUUGCUGGCUUUGUGGUGUUUUCAGUAUUGGGCUUUAUGGCUUCGGAACAAGGGGUGGACAUCUCCCAAGUCGCAGAGUCAGGUCCUGGCCUGGCCUUCAUUGCCUAUCCUAAAGCUGUGACUCUGAUGCCACUUUCCCCACUCUGGGCUAUUCUGUUUUUCUUCAUGCUUCUUGUGCUGGGGCUGGACAGCCAGUUUGUGGGAGUGGAGGGUUUCAUCACGGGUAUCCUGGACAUGUUCCCGCAGCAGCCCGGGGCAGGCUCACCGCGCAGGGAGAUCACAGCCGCAAUCUGCUGCCUGGUUUGCUGCAUCCUAGAUCUCUCCAUGGUGACUCAGGGAGGCAUGUAUGUCUUUCAGCUCUUUGACAAUUAUUCAGCCAGUGGAAUCACACUUCUGUGGCAGGCCUUUUGGGAGUGUGUGGUGAUCGCUUGGGUCUAUGGAGCCGAUCGCUUCAUGGACGAUGUUGCCCGCAUGAUUGGCUACCGGCCUCUGCCCUACAUGAAGUGGUGCUGGUUAUACAUUACACCACUGGUGUGUGUGGGCAUCUUCCUGUUCCAUGUGGUGAACUACCAGCGCUUGACCUACAACAAGACCUACAUCUACCCCUGGUGGGGCGAAGUGAUUGGCUGGGCUCUGGCCCUUGCCUCCAUGCUUUGCAUCCCCUGCACUGUUGUUUACAAGCUGCUACGAAGCAAGGGCUCUCUACAACAGCGCUGGCAGUUGCUGACUACCCCUGUCUGGGGCCACCAUCACCUGGAAUACAUGACACCUGAAGCAGAGACAAAGCUCCUUCCACCUCCGGACGGCCUCACAGCAGCUCCUCCAGAGAAGGCCACCCUCUUUGAGACUGUGAUUUAGUUCCUUGGGCCCUCCUCCCCCUGUAGCAAUGCCACCAGCACAUGGUCUGAGCUCAGAAGAGAAGGGGAUGGGAUUUGGGAGAAAAACCUAUAGCACCCUUGACUCAUCCUCUGGUUAUCCUUUGUGACCACUUUCUGUAGAAGAGGCCAGAGAAGACCUACGAGUAGACAUUGGUCUAAUAUGGUUAUGUUAGAGGUGCUCGUAAUGCAGCAGAGGGGAAGAAACAUACACGAUCCCCAAUCUAUCUGGGCCAACCUUCUUUUAGAUCAGGCUUGGGAAACGUUUGGCCCUCCAGGUGUUUUGGACUUCUUUGAACAGCUGGUAGCUGUUAGGAAUUGUGCGAGUUGAAGUCCAAAACAUCUGGAGGACCGACUUGCCCAUGCCUGCCGUAGAUAAAGACAUAUUGAUGUGUGAGGCUGAAAUUUCCAUCUUACCCCUCUGGAGGCUGAAAAAAAAAUCAAACUUCUCCCUCAUCGUGUUCAUGAUCAAGCUUCAAGCCAAGGGCAUUAACUCCCUCGUUCCAAAAAGAAAAGACUCACAAACAAGAGGGCCCACCAACUGGGAAAGAGUUCCUCCCUAGAGUCUCCAUGGAUAUUUUUCCCCAUGGCAGCAAAAACCCCGUAGCUUUUUCUUCUUCCCAAAACCAGCCAGGGCUGUUUCUAAAAGGUGCUGGAUUCUGGCAUUCUGUGUGAUGCUGAUGUAGUUUUGUUUGGUUCUGAUUUAUUUUUAUUUCUGCCCCGUAGUUACCUCUUUGGUCUAUUUUUUUUUUUAGCCCAAUCCCUAAUAUGACCUUAACUGGUGUAGGGAGACUAACAGCAUCCCGCUCUUCAGGUUCCCAUUUCUCUCUCCCUCGGGGAAAAUAAACACAACCACUCCCAAUCUA